UAGGUUCAAUCUCGAAAAUACCCACUCUUACCUGCUAGGCAUUGCAGGAACUGGAAACACACCAACCUGUGUAGGAGGAUCCCGUGCAAAGUGCCCGUAAGGUGGAGAAGUCUUGCUCCAAAAACUGCAGAAGGACACAGCCUGAGUGAGAUAGCUGUAGUGGCAGACUCAGCUCUGGCAUCACCUUCCUGGUGUGCUUCAAGGAAAAUUCAUCAGGACCUUUGUAUCUGGAAAGCUGUGUAAAUGCAGUCAGUGUCGUGAUGUCUCGGGAGAUGGACGUGGAGUGUCAGCAGUCCCAUGGCAGCAGUGCCUGCCCGCAGUCCCAAGGUGACUUCUCGCAGUCCCAUGGCCCCUCCUCACAGACACAAGGCUCCUCCUCACAGUCCCAGGGCACAUCCAGCUCCUCCACCAGCACAGUGCCAACGUCCAGCCAGUCCUCUCACUCCAGCUCGGGGACACUGAGCUCCUUAGACACAGUGUCUACUCAGGAACUGUAUUCUAUUCCUGAGGACCAAGAACCUGAGGAGCCGGUCCCUGCCCCUUGGGCUCGAUUAUGGGCCCUUCAGGAUGGAUUCUCCAAUCUUGAGUGUGUUAAUGACAACUACUGGUUUGGGAGGGAUAGAAGCUGUGAAUACUGCUUUGACGAGCCACUGCUGAAAAGAACGGAUAAAUACCGAACUUAUAGCAAGAAGCACUUUCGGAUUUUCAGGGAAAUGGGUCCUAAAAACUCUUACAUCGCAUAUAUAGAAGAUCACAGUGGGAAUGGAACCUUUGUAAAUAGAGAGCUUGUUGGGAAAGGAAGACGCCUUCCUUUGAAUAACAAUUCUGAAAUUGCACUUUCAGUGUGGAGUAACAAAGUUUUUGUGUUUUUCGAUCUGACUGUAGAUGACCAAUCAGUUUAUCCCAAGGAAUUAAGAGACCAAUACAUCAUGUCAAAAACUCUUGGAAGUGGUGCCUGUGGUGAGGUGAAGCUAGCUUUUGAGAGGAAAACAUGUAAGAAAGUAGCCAUAAAGAUCAUCAGCAAAAGGAAGUUUGCUAUUGGCUCCGAGAAAGAGGCAGAUCCGGCUCGAAAUGUUGAAACAGAAAUUGAAAUUUUGAAAAAAUUAAAUCAUCCUUGUAUCAUCAAGAUUAAAGACUUUUUUGAUGCUGAAGAUUUUUAUAUUGUUUUGGAACUGAUGGAAGGAGGCGAGCUGUUUGACAGGGUGGUGGGGAACAGACGCCUGAAAGAAGCUACGUGCAAACUCUAUUUUUACCAGAUGCUCCUGGCUGUACAGUACCUUCAUGAAAAUGGUAUUAUACAUCGGGAUUUAAAGCCAGAGAAUGUUCUCCUCUCAUCUCAAAAAGAGGACUGUCUUAUAAAGAUUACUGAUUUUGGGCAGUCCAAGAUAUUGGGGGAGACCUCUCUUAUGAAAACCUUAUGUGGUACCCCUACCUACUUGGCUCCUGAGGUUCUUAAUUCCUUUGGGACUGCCGGAUAUAACCGUGCUGUGGACUGCUGGAGUUUAGGAGUUAUUCUUUUUAUUUGCCUUAGUGGGUAUCCACCUUUCUCUGAGCAUAAGACUCAAGUGUCACUGAAGGAUCAGAUCACCAGUGGAAAAUACAACUUCAUUCCCGAAGUCUGGGCAGAGGUCUCAGAGAAGGCUCUCGACCUUAUCAAGAAGUUGUUGGUCGUGGAUCCAAAGGCACGGUUUACGACAGAAGAAGCUUUAAAACACCCGUGGCUUCAGGAUGAGGACAUGAAGAGAAAAUUUCAAAAUUUGCUUUUGGAAGAAAAUAAGUCAACGGCUCUACCCCAGUUCCCAGCCCAGCCUUCUACUAGUCGAAAGCGGCUCCAUGAAGGGGAGCCGGAGGAUGCUGGCACCACCAAGUGCCUGGCUGUAUGUGCUGCUGUCUGAUGAACACUGGUUUAAUGUGAAAGAUGUACCUUCUUGAACUCUGCUGCCGUUUUAUUUGUAUUUGUGUUUUCUUUAUGGGAACAGCUGCUUUUCCAGAGUCAUCAAUACACAGUUCAAGACCUAAUGGAUCCUGGGGUUUGUGCUUUGGCUUGAUCCGCUCUUUAGUUGCAUGCCUUUUUGUGUGUGUACUUGAAAUCAUGUGCCUUUUGUCUGACACUCUACCUUGGCUGUUGCCAGCCAGGUUUCUCAAGAUACGUCCUUGGUCUCAGCCUGGGCGAGACGCAUACAAAUUCUAAAGGGUCUUUAGAAAGUUGCAGGGAAAAGGGCACUGCAAGGUUGGGGUGGAGUGUGUAGAGACUGACUGGCUGCCAAAGUCCUCCUGAGACAGUAGGUACUUUGGUGCACAUACCACGGGCCUAUUUUAAAUUCUCAUCUUCACCCUCAUAAAGAUACAGGUCCACAGUUAUGCUCAGGGAAAUAAGUCAAAUAUUAUAGGAUUUCACUUAUAGGAGGUACCUAGAGUAGUUGAACUCACAGAGAAAGUAGAAUGGUGGUUGCUAGGAGUGGGGUGGGGGGUGGUGUGUGGAGUUGUUUAAUUAGUUUCUAUUUUGCAAGAUGAAAAGAGGUCUGGAGAUGGAUGGUGGUGAUGAUUGUACAACAGUGUGAAUACUUAAUCCCACUGAACUGUAUGCUUAAAAAGUGGUUAAGAUGUUAAAUUUUAUGUUAUGUGUAUUUUACCACAAUAAUAAAAAGAUACAGGACCACCUUGGGUCCAGAUGAGUUGUAAAA